AUGACUGAAGAUUACGUGCAAGAGGCCGCUACCUCGGUGGCUCCUGAUUCCCAACAUGCGGGCAAUAGGGAAUACAAGGCACCAAAUGCCAUUGACCAGCCGGAUGAGACUCUUGAUCACUAUCAUUCUGUUGAGAGUCCGUCGUCGGAUUCAUCUAUGACUAAGGUUAUUCAAAAUGCCAAAGCGGCGACGGAGAAAGAGCAGAAUAUGAGCUUGUUACAGGGGAUCAAAUUGUAUCCUAAGGCUGUGGCGUGGAGUAUCUUGAUCUCAACGUGCAUUGUGAUGGAGGGGUACGAUAUCAGUUUAGUCAACAACUUCUAUGCAUUUCCUCAAUUCUGUCAGAAAUACGGCACGUUGCAAGCGAACGGAUCAUACCAGGUGUCGGCGUCGUGGCAAUCAGGUCUUAGCAACGGUGCCUACGUCGGCGAGAUUAUCGGCUUAUUUAUGAAUGGUUGGGCCUCGGAGCGAUUUGGAUACCGGUACACUAUCAUGGGGUGUCUCAUCCUAGUCACUGCAUGGACAGCAAUCUUUUUCACAGCACCGAACGUCCAAGCCCUUCUCGCAGCGGAAAUCUUGUGUGGUAUUCCUUGGGGUGUUUUCCAGACGUUGACCGUCACCUACGCCUCCGAGGUGUGUCCUGUUGCGUUGCGAGGAUAUCUCACCACCUACGUCAACUUCUGCUGGGGAUUGGGUCAAUUGAUUGGAAUUGGUGUGAUAAAGGGAAUGCUGAACCGACAAGAUGAGUGGGCAUACCGAAUCCCAUACGGUCUACAAUGGAUGUGGCCUUUGCCGCUCUUUAUUGGAAUUUUCCUUGCGCCCGAGUCUCCAUGGUGGUUGGUGCGAAAGGGACGAACAGGUGAUGCAAAGAAGUCUCUGGAACGGUUGACAAGCAAGAACCGUGAGACGGACUUCGAUCCAGAUGAGACGAUCGCCAUGAUGGUUCAUACAACCGCGUUGGAAGCGAAAAUCACACAAGGAGCUAGUUACUUAGACUGCUUCAAGGGCAUUGAUCGACGCCGGACGGAGAUUGUUUGCAUGGCCUGGGCUAUGCAAAAUCUCAGCGGUAACUCCUUCUCGAACUACUCUACCUACUUUUUAGAACAAGCUGGUCUAUCUUCCGACAAUUCCUACUCAUUUGCAAUGGGUCAAUACGGAAUUAACAUGGUCGGUACCUUCGGCGCCUGGUUCCUCAUGGCUGUAGGCAUUGGUCGUCGGUCACUUAUUCUCUACGGACUAUGUGGUCUUUGCCUCAUGCUUUUCAUUAUGGGUUUCCUCGGCCUCGUUCCAGAAGCGCACAAGGAUUCGGCUUCGCUAGCCACUGGCUCUAUGAUGCUUAUCUGGGCUUUGUUCUACCAAUUGACAGUCGGAACAGUCUGUUACUCGCUAGUUGCCGAGCUUUCCACCCGCCGUCUCCAGAUCAAGACCGUUGUCCUCGGUCGCUGCCUUUACAACAUCGUUGCGAUUAUCUGUGGUGUUCUCACGCCAUAUAUGCUCAAUCCCGGCUCCUGGAACUGGGGCAAUUAUGCCGGUUUCUUCUGGGGCGGUAUCUGCUUCCUGUGCAUUAUCUAUGCAUUUUUCCGCAUCCCCGAGCCGCGAGGUCGUUCGUUCGCUGAACUGGAUCUAUUGUUCGAACGCAACGUCAGCGCUCGCAAGUUUGCGACCACUCAAGUUGAUGUCUUUGACGAGACUAUUGAGGGACGAGUCAUCAAUGACUAUCGGGCGCAGAAGAAUGCCCGCAAUGACCCGAGUCAAGCAGAGAAGAAUGCUGGCUCGGCGUAA